AUGCCACGAUCGGGCGGAAGUUCUUACAACACUGCAAAUUGCGAGUCCGGCAUUGAGGCACUGGGCGUCGCCCAACACGCAGACCAAAUCGGCGCAGAUGCAUUUUCAAACCGCCUUUUUGAUACACUCUUCCUAUCGACUAAAUCACUCAUUGUAUGCCAGGAUGCGGCAUCUACCUCACAGAGUCGCAAACGCAAACGGUCAGAAACCAAUUCCGCUAUAAACCGCCGGAAAGGAGAUUUACAGUUACAAUUGAUAGAAGGCGCAUGUUCACAGCCGGAGAAGACAACUCAAGCAGAGAUCAACAAUUCCACAACUCCUGAAACCUUGUGUUAUAUUAACUCUCAGUUUGUUGGAACGGUUUCUGAACCACAGAUAAGCGGAACCAGGAUUCGUGAUAUCGACUCUUCCUAUCAGCCAGAUGUUGAAAGUGCUAUUGUCACCAACGGCAACAACAAUGCAGUCCAUCUUCCUGCCCGUAUCAAUGUCACUUCGGAUAUUGACAUCCAAUCCGAACAAUGCAUCGUCAACAACGUGAGUUUUCCAAUGCCUGGAAACGAAAAUCUCGAAAGGACCGACCUCUAUCGGGAAGAACCAUUCUUCGUUGACAACCUCGAUUUUCAAUUACCUAACAGCGCAAAUCUUGAAAGGACGGAUCUCAAUCAGGCGGAACUCUUUUUCGUUGACAGCCUAGAAUUUCAACCACCUAACGGGGCGAAUCUCGGAAGGACAGAUCCCAACCCGGAGAUACCCUUUUUCGUCGACGGCCUAGAGUUUCGACGGACUGAAAGCGCGAAUCUUAGAGGGACGAUACUCAAUCAGGAGGAGCCUUUUUUCGUGGACACCCUGGAUUUUCAACCAACUGACAGCGCAAAUCUCAGGAUGACGGAUCUCAAUCAGGAGGAGCGAUUGUUUGUCGACACCCUGAGUUCUCAGCCACCUGACGGUGUGGACCCCAGAAUGACGGAUCUCAACUCGGAGAUACCCCUGUUCAUCGACGGCCUGGAGUUUCAACCGACCGAAAGUGCGUAUCUCGGAGGGACGAAUCCCAAUUCAGAGACACCGUUUUUCGUUGAUAGUAUAGGUUUGAGUUCAGGAUACGGCGUCGAUGGAUGCGGCCCUUCGUUCCACACUGCUCCUUACCCGAUUCAGUGUUGA